UUUAUCUGGGGACUCAUAGGCAGUCUGAUCACUAUGGGACAGCGGAGUGGUGGAGAGAUGCGAUUCCCGUAGAUGAGAGGCGCAAAAGUUGGAUGCAAAGUGUGUGCAUGCAUGUUAGGCGCGUUGCGUAAAAGUGGGCCAAAAUGUUCCUCGUUCUGCUCGCGGGGCUCUACGCGGCCACGGCUGGACUUUUGUCUCCGGUGAGCAGCUGCCCGUCUCAAUGCAGCUGUUUUUACCACAACCUGAGUGACGGCUCAAAGGCCAGGAGUGUGAUUUGCAACGAUCCCGAGAUUUCGCUCGUGCCCGUUGGGUUCCCAGCAGACACAUCUAAGCUCCGCAUCGAGAAGACGGCCAUCCGGCGGAUACCAAGUGAAGCAUUUGACUACCUCUCCAGUCUUGAGUUCCUGUGGAUGUCUUUUAACGCGUUGUCCACACUGGGCGCCGACAGUUUCCGCGGACUCUUCAACCUAGAGGAGCUGCGCCUGGAUGGCAAUGCACUCACUGCCUUCCCCUGGGAGUCGCUCAGCGACAUGCCCAGUCUGAGACUUCUGGACUUGCACAAUAACCAGCUCACCUCGCUUCCCGCGGAGGCCAACAUACACAUCAGGAACCUCACCUACCUGGAUUUGUCCAGCAACAGUUUGCUGACGCUGCCCGGUGCUGUGCUGUCCAACUGGCUGGCGGCCAAACCCGCUCAAGGGCCGGAGAGCUCCAAAAUGAUUUUAGGUCUCCAUGACAACCCGUGGGCGUGUGACUGCCGCCUCUACGACCUGGUCCAGUUUCAGAAGUCUCCCACUCUGGCUGUGGCUUUCAUUGACACCAGGUUGCGCUGCUCGGCUCCUGAGAGCGUGUCGGGCGUCCUGUUCAGUGACGCCGAACUGCGGCGCUGUCAACCUCCGCAAAUCCACACAGCCGUAGCGCGAGUGAGGAGCGCCGUCGGGAAUAAUGUUCUGCUCCGGUGCGGGACGAUUGGGGUGCCAAUUCCGGACUUGACAUGGCAAAGGGCAGAUAAGCGAGUCUUGAAUGGAUCAGUCCAGCAGGAGACGUCUAAAGAUGGAAUCACCUGGUCCAUUCUCAGUGUCCCGGCCGUGUCGUACCGCGAUUCAGGGAAAUACAUGUGCAAAGCGACAAACUACGCAGGGAAUGCCGAAGCAGUCAUCUCCUUAGUUGUAUCUAAUUCUCCAAAAAUGGAAGGCAAUCAAACCAACAAUGAGAAGAAGGGCAAAAUAAAAAAAUCCAACCCAGUGGGAAAAGCAGCAUACCAGGAGAAACUCGUGGCCCGAUACGUGGUGCCAACCUCCACUCCUACAACUCCACCUCCAAUCCUGGAUCCCCGCCUUUUACCUGAAAUUUUGGACCCCAGUUUGGACAGUGUCAGUCCUUCCCCUGACACGGCCACUUCGUCCAAUGCUGACACGCUGCUGGAUCUGGAGAAAACAAACCUCAGUAAUCUGGCUGCAAACACCUCAUCCCUGCAGCAGGACCCGGACAGGGUGGUCCGUUCGGUUAAGGUAGUGGGUGACACGGAUAAUACGAUCUCCCUCAACUGGCGAGCUCCUAAGGCCAAGAACACGACUGCCUUCAGUGUACUGUACGCUGUGUUCGGAGAGAGAGACAUGAGGAAAAUCAACGUUGGGGCGGGCCAGAAUAGAGUAACCAUCGAAGGCCUGGUGCCCCGGACAAAGUACAUCGCUUGCGUAUGCGUGAGGGGGCUGAUCCCCAGGAAAGAACAGUGCGUCAUCUUCUCUACAGACGAGGCAGCCAGUGCGACUGGCACCCAAAAACUGAUCAAUGUAAUCGUGAUCACAGUUGCCUGCAUCAUCGCUGUGCCCCUCACCGUCAUCGUGUGUUGUGGAGCGCUGAAGAGACGCAUCCAGAAGUACUGGGGGAAAAAAUCCAAGGAUAUCCAAGAUUCCUAUGUGACAUUUGAGACUUUGUCGCCCGGAACAAAAGCCAAAGGGCUGGAGGGGGAAUACUUGAACAGACUUAACCCCGAAGAGUCCAACAGGCUGCUGUCUGCCCGCUCCAGCCUGGACUCGGAGGCUACGGCGAAAAUCGAAGGGCAGCCUAAUGAAUACUUCUGCUGACGUCAUGCUCCAGCUCCGGCUCCUCCGCCGCGUCACCUUCCUCGUUCUCAUCCUCCGCCUCCCCCUCCGUGUCCUAGUCCCAACCACCACCCGCAUCCUCAUCCGAAGCCCCACUUUCACCCACAUCCGUAUCCCCAGCAUAACCCGUAUCCUCACGCUCGGCAGCACCCUGAGGUGAGCCCUCCCGCUGGCCACCCUCCGGACAUGUAUUGGGAUUCCCCACCACCUGUACCUCCUCGCUGGGUCACACCCCCGACGCCACCUCCGCCCCGAGCCAGUUUUUAUCAGAGGACCUUUGCACGCUGCACCAUCAUGGAAAUAUCUGUUUAGAGGAUAUAUACUCCACAUUUUUUUGUUCUGAAUAUUUCCAUAUCAUCUCGCUUUCAUUUUUGAAUGGUUUAUAUCACCUUGCAUGGCGCAGCGAAGAAAUCCAAAGGGAACUAAAAAUCGAUAGACUCUCCAUUGUCAUUAUGUAUGUGUAUGAUUUGUAAAUACUUUAAUUGAACAGUGUACACCUACAUAUAUGGUAAAGUCUGUGCCUCUGUAUAUACAUGUCAUAUGUUCUCAGAGGAGAUUUAUAGAUAUAUACAUACACACACUGGCAUGGCGAAUGCAGACAAGCUGGAGCUGGAGACAAGUGCAGAAAGGACUGAACUAUGACGCCAUGUAUAUAAGACAUGGAACUAUUUCUAUUUCCCAGAGCUAUCUCCACGUAUUUGUUUUGGCACCACUUAGAGGCACCACCACCCCAGUAAAUGUAAUUACGUAUCUAUUCCACUGAGGAUUUGAAUAGAGUUCAUUAAACUUUUCUAUAUCUGUAUAUAAACAUGUGCAAUGUGUUCUUAUUAGUGCUAUGAAAGGUAAAGCUUUUAAGUAAAGGCUUUAACUCGGGAGAUGGAAGUUGAGUGUACUGUUAUAUAGUAUGUUUCUGUAUGUAAUUUAAAUCGAACUAUUUUGGUGGGAGUGUUGUUCAAACAUUGAGAACACGUAGAAGAAAAACCAGCAUGUUAUGGAUUUGAUGAAACAGACACAUUUUGUGUGAACUUUACAGAUGCAAUUAUUAAUGUUGAGUAAGGGUGUAACGGUACAUGUAUUUGUAUUGAACCGUUUCGGUGCUCGGUUCGGAACGGAGGCGUACCGAACGAGUUUCUGACGUCAUGUAACCCUUCCUUUUCAAGGCUGUGAGUCGAUCGGGUUACAGUUUCUUUGUGUUCAUUCAUUCAUUCAUUUUCCAUGCCGCUUAUUCCUCACGAGGGUCGCGGAGGUGCUGGAGCCUAUCCCAGCUAACUUCGGGCAGUAGGCAGGGGACACCCUGAAUUGGUUGCCAGCCAAUCGCAGGGCACAAGGAGACACACAACCAUUCACGCACACACUCACACCUAUGGACAAUUUAGAGUGUUCAAUCAGCCUACCAUGCAUGUUUUUGGGAUGUGGGAGGAAACCGGAGUGCCCGGAGGAAACCCACGCAGGCACGCAGUUUCUUUGUGUAGAUUAUAUUUACCCCGUCUUCUCUACUAUAAUGAGGAUCAACACGGUACGACAGUAUAACCCAGAAACGUCAAUGGCGCGACAACGUGGCCGCCGCAAGAACGCAGUGAAACGCGGGCGUUAAAGUCAAUCAGCCAAUGCACACCAGUCGCAGUGCGGCCGCGUGUUAGACGCGUCCCAGAAGCGGCUCAACACGACGCACGCGAAAAGAACGGCAGAGUUUAUUAUUUGACGCGAGACGCAACCCUCUUGCGUCAAUACUACUACCGGUAGCUGGGAUCGGGCAGACCGGAAGUCACUCGUGUAUAAAUACGGUGGAUCCGGUCGAUUUUCAAACUAAUAUGCAGUCGUAACCUACUUUUUGAGUCCAUCAGAUCUCUUGAGUGGUAGAUCGGGGCACAGUUGACUUGUCUUUGUUGAUUAACUGCGGUCUUCUCUGCUAUAAUAAUAACCAAUACGGCCCCGUGUUCAAUACAAAACCCUCUUACCACAACAAAACAAGUAGGAACUAAUAUUCACAUAGGAACUAAAGUUAUACAACAUAAAAUAUACAAUAUAAAUGAAUACUACAUCGCAUUUGUGAAAUAUAAACACAUAAUAAAAUAAAUAAUGGCCAUUUAAACAAAAUAAAUUGAAAUGAGCUAAAACACCUGUAAUUAAAUAAUAAGAAUAAUACACAGAUCCUGCUUACACAAUUAAAUUGAUUAAUUUCUGUGUGGCUCUUUAACUUGAGAAAAUCCACCAAUAAAGCUUUGAAAACCGUUCAUAAGAAAAAAAAUGAAUCAUUGAGGCAUUUCAUUUGUAAAAUACAUGUUAAAAUCUUUGUCAUUGGGAUUGUUGUCUCUUUAGCAAAGGACUUCUUUUUUCUUCUUUCUUUCAGAAAGAAAGCUGACCAAUACGCGGGGUCUGAAAGGCAAAUUGUUGUUGGAUUAUCUUUAAAUAUCUGCUACUUUUUUAGCACAAUUCUAGCUUUGUAUAGGCUAAUGUUCCUAUUGUUGAAAGCCCAAUGGUGUGUAAUAAACAACUAGCACAUUUAUAUUUUGGAUUUUGUUUUCUUACUGUACCAAAAAUGAACCGAACCGUGACCUCAAAACCGAGGUACGUACCGAACCGAGAUUUUUGUGUACCUUUACACCCCUAAUGUUAAGGCUACAUUUAUUAAGAAAUGCAGUAAUCUAAACAAAAAGGGAUGUUUGCCGUAGUUACCAAAAGAAAUGUAAAAGAUGAUGAGAAAAACAGACCACCAAUUUAAGAGGGCCUUAAAAUCAAAUAUUGAAAAUUAUGUAUUUAUCUAAAUAAAGUAGCGAAGAACU